CUGCAUAAAUGGUUCUCUUUCCCUUCACCAACUUUGCAUGAGAAGUAAGAAACAAACUCUCUUGCAAAAGAAAGAAAUGGAUUCAAAAGAAGGUGAGGCAUUGGUACAGGGCCAAGCCACGAUAUGGCAAUUCAUGUUCGGCUUUGCAGAUUCCAUGGCACUUAAGUGUGCUGUGGAACUCCGCAUAGCUGAUAUAAUCAACUCUCACCAUCGCCCCAUCACUUUGGCACAAAUAGCUUCAUGUAUUGAUGGCUCCGCUUCUCCCGAUAUCACCUGCCUCGCUCGCAUAAUGAGAUUGCUCAUCCGUAGAAAGCUUUUCACAGCCCAUCAUCCAUCAGAUGGUGGAGAGUGCCUCUACGGCCUGACUCACUCAUCAAGAUGGCUUCUACAUGACUCGGAGCUAAGCCUGGCACCCCUGAUUCUGAUGCAGGACCAUCCCUGGCUAAUGGCUCCCUGGCACUACUUUAGUCGAUGUACCCGAGAAGGUGGCAUUGCUUUCAAGAUGGCUCAUGGACGUGAGGUAUUUGAGUUUGCAUCAGCAAAUCCUCAAUUCAACAAGCUUUUUAACGAUGCCAUGGCCUGUACAUCCAAAGUGGUGACCAGGGCAAUUCUAUCAGAGUACAAUGACAGUUUCAGCUCCAUAGGAUCAUUGGUUGAUGUUGGAGGUGGGACAGGAGGCUUGAUAUCUGAGAUUGUGAGAGCAUAUCCGCACAUCAAAGGGACUAACUUUGAUUUGCCACACGUCAUCGAGACAGCAGCGACAUACCAUGGGGUCUGCCACAUUGGAGGUGAUAUGUUUCAGGCCAUUCCUAAUGCUGAUGCAGUUAUCAUGAAGUGGAUAUUGCACGACUGGAGUGACGAGGAUUGCAUCAAAAUUUUAAGAAAUUGCAGAGACUCAAUUCCAUCAGAAACUGGGAAAGUGAUUUUAGUUGAAUGUGUUCUGCAACCAGAUGGAAGUGGCCUGUUUGAUGACGUGAGUUUGAUGCUCGAUCUCGUAAUGCUUGCACAUUCCUCUGGUGGAAAACAGAGGACUGAGCUUGAAUGGAAGAAACUAUUAAAUGAAGCAGGCUUCCCUCGUUACAAAGUCCUCAACAUUCCUGCUCUACCCUGCAUUAUCGAGGCCUACCCGAAGUAGGAUGAAAUUGUUGUUUAAUGCAAAAUUGCUAUGCAUACAGUCAAUCCUGGGAAACUUUUCAUUUUGUGACUCUACCAUUUCAUAUCCACUCCUGACUGCACCCAAAUAGUAGGGAAAAUAAGGUAGUAAUAAACGUUUGGCC